CUCGUCCCGACCACUAUUCCACGGUCCAAGCACUGGAACCCAUCAUCCUUCCCUCGCCGCCGUUGGUCCCCGUAGACCCUGACCGCGGUGCCGUUGACCGACCGGCGUAGGACGGCUCCGGUUCCACGGCCGUGGAGCCCGCGGCGACUUCCCAGCCAUUUUGGUUCGGCACGUCCACAUCGCCGUCCUCCCUCGUCUCCCGACUCCGUGGUAUAAACAACUACCAGCAGAGAUCGCGCUACCUUCCAUUGCCGCUCUUUUGUCUCUUGGGCUUGUUUGUUUCCCCCGGAAGGCACAUCCUCCUGGUUCCUCCAGACGGCAUAUAUCUCCGCUCUCGCCGCAGAGGGAUGCGCCAUUCGCGGGCCGGUGAAUCCUGAGCGCGCGGCGGCUCCAUCGACCGAUCACAGGAACCACUGUCUAUCCGGAUAACAAAAAGUUGUUCGAAUAGCAGAGAUGGUCCAUCAUAUAUCUGACGAGGCAGCAGAUGAACCUGGCAUCACCACACAGACACCCUCCAAUGACCCAUCUCAAGCACCGCUGGUGUACAAAGUGGGCUAUCCCCCUCCGAAGAACUUGGCCACGGAGUUUACAGAAACAUUGAGAGAGACUUUCUUCCACGACAACCCGCUGCGUCAGUACAAGGGCCAAUCCGGACCGAGGAGGUUCAUGAUGGGGCUGGAGUUCUUGUUUCCAAUAUUUGGGUGGGUCAGGGAUUACAGUCUCAGCAAGUUCAAAGGAGAUCUGAUUGCCGGGUUGACCAUCGCAAGCCUCUGCAUUCCUCAGGACAUUGGCUAUUCGAAGCUUGCUAAUUUGGACCCGCAGUAUGGGCUUUACUCCAGCUUCAUUCCCCCAUUGAUAUAUGCUGCAAUGGGUAGCUCAAGGGAUAUAGCGAUUGGUCCAGUUGCCGUGGUUUCUCUUUUGAUAGGUUCACUUCUACAAGCUGAGGUUGACCAUGUCAAAAACAAGGAGGAAUACAUGCGCCUCGCUUUCACGGCAACCUUCUUCGCUGGUAUCACUCAAGCAGCCUUGGGAUUUCUAAGGUUAGGGUUCCUUAUAGAGUUCUUGUCACAUGCUGCAAUUGUCGGAUUCAUGGGGGGAGCUGCCAUUACUAUUGCCCUGCAGCAGCUAAAAUACGUGUUGGGCAUCGCAAAUUUUACAAGGAAAACCGACAUAGUUUCUGUUAUGGAAUCUGUCUGGAGAUCAGUUCAUCAUGGGUGGAACUGGCAGACAAUUGUGAUUGGUGUAUCUUUCCUGGUUUUCCUUCUGUUUGCGAAGUAUAUCGGAAAGAAGAAUAGGAAGCUUUUCUGGGUGCCAGCUAUUGCUCCUAUAAUAUCAGUGAUUCUAGCAACAUUUUUUGUAUACAUUACUCGUGCCGACAAGCAAGGUGUUCAGAUAGUAAAGCACAUUGAACAGGGAAUCAACCCAUCAUCAGUACACAAGAUUUAUUUCACCGGUCCAUUUGUCGCAAAAGGCUUCAAGAUCGGUGUUGUUUGCGGCAUAGUUGGUUUGACAGAAGCUGUAGCUAUUGGAAGGACAUUUGCUGCUAUGAAGGACUACCAGCUAGAUGGAAACAAGGAGAUGGUAGCACUUGGAACCAUGAACAUAGUAGGAUCAAUGACAUCUUGCUAUGUCACAACAGGUUCUUUCUCACGUUCGGCAGUUAACUUCAUGGCUGGCUGCAAGACUCCUGUAUCCAAUGUGGUUAUGUCAGUGGUGGUUCUUCUUACCUUGUUGGUCAUCACACCGCUAUUCAAAUACACACCAAAUGCAAUCCUAGGGUCGAUCAUUAUUUCUGCGGUGAUCGGCCUUGUGGACUAUGAAGCAGCAAUUCUCAUCUGGAAAGUUGACAAAUUGGACUUCAUUGCUUGCAUGGGAGCAUUUUUCGGUGUUGUUUUUGUAUCCGUUGAGAUUGGCCUCUUGAUUGCUGUAGCAAUCUCAUUUGCCAAGAUACUUCUACAAGUAACAAGGCCAAGGACAGCCCUACUUGGGAACCUUCCCGGCACCACAAUAUACAGGAACAUCAGCCAGUAUCCAGAAGCAAAACUUACUCCCGGGGUGGUGAUUGUGAGGGUUGAUUCUGCUAUUUAUUUUUCCAACUCUAAUUAUGUCCGAGAAAGAAUUCUUAGGUGGCUGACAGACGAAGAAGACAGAGCUAAAGCACUGGGGUUGCCUAAAAUCAGUUCCUUGAUUGUGGAAAUGUCGCCGGUCAUCGACAUCGAUACAAGCGGCAUACAUGCUCUUGAAGAUCUGUACAAGAAUCUUCAGAAAAGAGAUAUGCAGCUCAUUCUGUCAAAUCCUGGUUCCGUCGUCAUAGAAAAAUUGCAAGCAUCGAAGCUCACCGAGCACAUUGGAAGCAGUCAUAUAUUCCUUGCAGUCUCUGACGCCGUGCGAUUCUGUACGACGAAGUCGAUGCAGGAACCGUGAGAGAAGUAGUUCGGCGGAAUGGCUGGUGGUGCCAUGGUGCUAGUGUUGAGAAUAGUUUUUGUGCUCCCUGUGAUCUAAGGUGGGCAGCGCAAGAUGAUGUGGCGUUGUGGCCAAUGUAGAAACAUAUAAUAAGGUAAGGCAAUUACGGGAGCCUCUCCCAUUAUAAGAUGUUCUAACUUUUUUCUGGAACAAUGUAUAUAGCCGUAUAUUAGUGUGUUUGUUCACUCAUUUCAGUCCAUGUGUAGUCCAUAUUGAAAUAUUUAAAACAUCUUAUAAUAGUGAACGGAGGGAGUAGAAGAUA